AUGGCUGUUCAUCCAUUCUUGCCCGGCCUUACGGUCGAAAUCAUCGUCAAUAACGCUCUACUCCCUGAGUACGACGACGAUAGCGUCACUCCCGCGUCGCCGACGACGGUCACGAAAUACGUCGAAGCAACAUCUGGAGCCAACUUCGCGAUCAAAGUAUCACUCAUAGAAAAAGAGUUUCCUUUCCCGAAGGGUUACAUUGAAGCUGCGGUCAGUCUCGAUGGGCGAAGGUUGAUGAGUGCAAUCAUAAGCGAAGCCCAGUUCUUCAAACAUAGAAUGAUUGAGGGCCGUCAGUCCCAAAUCGGCGAACACUAUAAGAUACAGAGAUUCUGCUUCGCUGAGCUCGAAAUCAUUGACGGUACUACAUACCUUUCUGAUGUGGUAUCAGCUAGCACUAUCACUGUCGACUUGACUUACGUACGAAACCUGCGCUCGCGUACCCCAGAUCACAUUGUCGGGAAUAUCUCAGAAUCAAUACAAGUCCCUGAAAAGGCGCUGAAAGGCCAGACCUACACUCAUAGAGCUGGGCUAUCUGAACCCGUAGCAUGGGAAAGAGGGCGCUAUGUAGAUUGUGACGAUGUAACCGACUCGCCUUUCGCAACAUUCAACUUCAAGUAUCGCUCCAUCAAUGCUCUUCGGAUCCUGGGUCUCGUCCCACCCGAGCCCACCCCUCCACCUCUGGAAGAGCGACCCGAAGAAGAGCUCACUCCGGAGGAACUACGCGAACUUGUCAAACAGCUCAAGGAGCAAAAAGCUGCUGCAGUCAAGGUCAAGAAAGAAGCCGUCGACAAGCGCAAGCAGGUCGAUGAGGCUAUCGGAUCCAGCGAUGACGAGGAGGUCACGGUUGUAAGGUCUAGAGACCGGAAGUGUCACCGUGGUGCGGAUGACGAGGUUAUCGUGCUGGACUAG